AUGGACAGUGAGGUGAAAAUGCCACAGAGAAGGGGCGUUGGUUUAGUUCUAUUUCCAUUGCCGUUGCAAGGCCACAUAAACCCCAUGCUUCAGCUAGCUACGAUCCUCCACUCCAGAGGUUUCUCCAUCACCAUCGUCCACACUCACUUCAACUCUCCUAACUCCUCCAACUACCGAAACUUCACCUUCCUUCCCAUAUCUGAUGGCUUUUCAGACGGUCAAGCUUCUACCGAUGAUGUUAUAGAGCUUAUAACAGCCCUUAAUGUGAAUUGUGUAGCACCAUUUCGGGAUUGCUUGGCUGGGUUAUUAUCUGAUGAGCAGUCAGAAGAGCCAAUUGCUUGCUUAAUCUCUGAUGCGACUAUGCACUUCACUCAAGCUGUGGCUGACAGUCUUAAGCUUCCAAGGGUUGUAUUACGGACCAGCAGCCCCUCGUCCUUUCUUGUGUUUAUAGCCUAUCCGAUUCUGAGGCAAAAAGGUUUCAUUCCAAUCACAGAUUCUGAACAGCUGGAGGCACCGUUGCCAAAUCUUCCACCUCUCAAGGUCAAGGAUAUCUCUAUCAUUGAAACGCAAAACCCUGAGCAAGUGUAUGAAUUGGUGGAUGCCAUGGUCAAUCAAACGAAGGCUUCUUCAGGCAUCAUCUGGAACUCCUUUGAACACCUCGAACACUCAUCACUGGCUGCACUCCGACAAGAAUUUGGGAUUCCGAUGUUUCCAAUAGGCCCUUUCCAGAAAGUCUGUCCAUGUCUAUCCUCUUCAAGUAGCUUAUUGACACAGGACCGUGGUUGCAUUGCUUGGAUAGAUGCACAAGCACCUAUGUCCGUCAUCUAUGUGAGCUAUGGGAGCAUAGCUGCCAUGAGUGAAUCGGAAUUUAUGGAGAUUGCUUGGGGAUUAGCCAACAGCAACUGUCCCUUCUUGUGGGUGGUUCGGCCUGGGUCAGUCCGUGGUUCAAAAAGGAUAGAUGCACUACCCCACGAUUUCCUAGAGACGGUAAGUGGAAGAUGUUGCAUUGUCAAAUGGGCUCCCCAACAAGAAGUUCUGGCCCAUCCUGCACUGGGUGGGUUCUGGACCCAUAAUGGGUGGAAUUCGACCUUGGAGAGUAUAUGUGAAGGGGUCCCAAUGCUCUGUCGGCCUUGUUUUCGAGAUCAGAUGGGGAAUGCAAGAUACGUGAGCCAUGUAUGGAGGGUAGGGAUCCAAUUGGAGAAAGGAUUGGAUAGAGGAGCAAUAGAGAGUGGCAUAAGAAGAUUGAUGGUGAGCAAAGAAGGGGAGGAGAUGAGGAUGAGGGCUUUGAAAUUAAAAGAGCAAGUAGACCUCAGUCUUGGGAAUGGAGGUUCUUCCAGCCAGUCUCUAGACAGCUUGGUUGCUUUUCUGUCGUCUUUCUGA